AUGAACUUUUGCCCCUUUCCUCAUAGUCUGAGGGACCAGGCCUGGCUGGCCGUGGGCCUCGGCUGUGGAGUGCUCCUCAUGCGAAAGCUUCGGAUGAAGGAGACGCCGCCAUCGGUGCACGUGCUGCUGGUCAACGCGAAGUUUGAGUCGGUGGAUCACAAGAAGAAGUUCAAGCAGAUUUGGUCCAACAUCGCCAACAAGGUGAAGGAAGUAGAGCCCAACUGCCUGUCCUACGAGUUCUGCGACGCGGUGGAGGAUCCCACCAAGGCCAUCAUCUAUGAGCGGUACGUGACGCGUGUAGACUUGGAUGGACCACACCAGAAGACACUCGAGGAGUGGAAGGCGACCUACGGCGAGGCCUUGGGAAACCUGAAGUUCAGUAUGGAUGCUGGGCUCAACUACCGGGGGUCCGGUCCGAUGUGGAGUGUGGAGGGGCGUGAAGAGACGACCAGUGACCACCAUGGACCACCCAUUCGCUUGGAUCCAGUGGAACGUCGAACGAUGGGCUUCAUGGAACGCUUCGCACGCUUUUGGCUGCACCGCCACACGCAACUGGUGGUGCGAGUGGCGGAAGCCAACGCGGGGCGGGUCCUCGCGAUCGCGGGACUCGCUUUUGUGGCCUUCUGCGUGGAAGGGAUGAUCGGCCUCCGUUCGGGUUCGGGCUCCGACAGGCGAGAUGCGGAGCCGCAGCCAGAUUGCUCCCAGGUCUUUGACUGGCUCUUCAUCGGCGGAGAGAGGGCGGCCACGCGACUGGAGCUGUUGCAGAAUCGCAUCACUCACGUGUUGAACUGCUGCGAGCAUCUUCCAUUCUACAGCAACCGCACCAAGAACCAGAGGCUGCGUUUGAAGGACAGCCGCAAUGAGAGUUUAUCCACCGAAAUUUAUGUGGCCUUCAAAUUCCUGGACAAGGUGCAGGAGGAGAACGGCCGUUGUUUGGUCCAUUGCCGCAAGGGCGCCAGUCGCUCGGUGGCCAUCGUUCUGGCAUACCUGGUGCUGCGGCUUCGUUAUCGUCUCAGGGAUGCCUGGCGGCUGGUUCAUUCCAAACGUCCCGUGGCACGGCCAAAUCGAGGAUAUUGCCGCCAGCUUUGUGAUUUUGAAGAAGAUUCUCUAGGCGAGGCAAGCAUGACGCCGAAGGAUUUUCAUGCGAGCUGCGAUGACUAA